UCGAGGAUGUAGGUGCUCUCCGUGCUUGCCAUGGCUAGUGGACUGCGUCGCUACGCUGACAGGCGCACACCGUUUGCAGUGAAUGAGUUUUUCAAGCCAGGCUGCUUGCCGCAGCGCGAUCCAUAUGCGGCGCUCGUCGCACUGCAAAGACGGCACCGGCAGUCGCUACGAGUGGAGAGUGCUUCGCCUCGCGACGCUAGCAACCUACGCGAACGUGUGACACGACUCGUUUCGUCGCGCAGUUCUGGCUUCAGCGGUGCAUGCAAGGCAUCUUGUACCCGUAUUACUACCGCUCGCUCGGAUAUCUUGUCGGCUGCUAGAGCAACAGAUGGCGGCGCAACGAGCGCAAGCAAAAGAAGCAGCGAAGGCGAAACAACCGAACGCACGCACAAACGCUGGUUGGAAACACGGCAACAUGAAGAUGGCUGACAGUGCGGGUGUUCUUCGGCGGAAUCGACCGGGAACAAAAGCCGAGAAUUUCUCAAGCUGGCCCGAUGAGCCAUUCGACGAAAUGGACAGUACGCUCGCAGUUCAACAGUUCAUCCAGCAGGCGAUCCGCAAAGACCCGGCGAACGUCGAUGAAAUCUUGACGCCUCCCGAUGGCCAGGACGAGGGAGUGUGGAAGUACGAACAUCUAAGGCAGUUCUGCAUGGAGUUAAAUGGUCUUGCAGUCAAGCUGCAGGUAUGUGAGGCCGAGUGCAACGCAGACAGCUGCACCCAAAUGACGGCCACGGAACAAUGGAUUUUCCUCUGCGCUGCCCACAAGACGCCCAAGGAGUGUCCAGCUAUCGACUAUACGCGACACACGCUUGACGGAGCUGCGUGUCUCCUCAACAGCAACAAGUACUUUCCAAGCCGAGUUAGCAUCAAGGAGUCCUCGGUAGCAAAGUUAGGUUCCGUGUGCCGAAGAGUGUACCGGAUAUUCUCUCAUGCGUACUACCAUCAUAGAGCCACCUUUGACGAGUUUGAGAAGCAGACGUGCCUGUGUCGCCGUUUCACCACGUUCGUGACCAAGUACAGCCUGAUGUCCAAGGACAAUCUCAUCGUUCCCAUCCUUGACGAGGAACUCACCGCCGGAGAGAGUGAAGCCUGAGAUGUAUUGCCAAAUAUAGCGCAGAACGUGCACUGCGACCUUCCCGCUUGGCAGACGUCCUCUCCCGUUGACCGGGCCGUGGUCGCCCGUCGUCUGUCGCUGCGCAUUUCUCCCAGUAGCACUGUUUCAGCUUUUCACUUCCACCUGUUCCAACCACCCUGCCCACACUGGCACGGACUGUUGUCGACCUCGGUCGCGGUAGUGUCGUGUGCGUGCACUCUAGAACAAGUUGUUUUAGAUCCACACUUCCAUACGCAGCACCACGGCGGUUACCUCUGUUACCGUGUGUGAAAUCUCUGUGACGUCGCACCAAGGCACUGCACUGGUUCUCAACUUUCUGGGUUCCGGGUCGCAUCUGUUGAGUGGCAGCGACAGCGUUUAUUGUCACUUCGUG